CAUUACGUCAGAGGGCUACCAACAUUAAUCCUAGAACACAACAACCAGAUGUGAAGGAAAUAAAGCAGAGGAAUUUGUGCCUUACAAGGCAGAACCUGAUGCCGCGGGUUCCCCGCGGAAGGAAAAGGCAAAAAGCGCGACUGCAACCAGAAGAAGGAUGUUGCCGCUGAAUUCCUGGCUCUCUGCAACUCUCUGCAACAAGAAGACCCGAAGGAGAUAAAGAUUCAACUGGGCAAGCGACGAACAUCGAAUCGGAAUAGUUAGUUGAAACCCAGCGUUCAGACUUUUGUGUCUCCGUUUGAUUUUCCCUGUACAUAGUGGCACAGAGUGAAAGCCAAGGAACUUGAGUUCCCCAGAAGCAGGAGGAGCGCUGUGGAGAGGAACAGAGAGGUUGGGAGGAACCGUGAUUUUGGGGAACUUGCGAUAUUCCUGGAAUCUGUUGCAGGUUUGCUUUUGCGUUUGAAGCGGAAAGGAACACGGAUGCUAAGAUAUGGGCAAAAAGGGAAAUUGGCUAUCCCUGUUAAAGAGAGUCUUCAUUCCUAGCUCCAGCGGCAAGACCGUCUCUACCGUGAAUGCCUUGAAUGUGAAGCCAGAGGAAGCGGCGAAGGAGAGAAAGAAGUGGGGGUUUGUGAAGCUGAAGCAUAAUGGACCAAGUAGCAUCGAGAAGAUACUGCAAGAGGCAGAGAGGGAAGGGCGCGUCGCCUCCACGGUCGUUGCUGCCAAGGUAGAAGAAGAAAAGCGGCCACCACCUCCCCCAAGUUCCCGUCGCAGAGCUGCCGAAGUUCAGCAGGCACCCCGUCCAAAUUCUAACCACAGAGAUGCUGAGCAGCAGCAGCAGCAGCAGCAGCAGGGUUCACCACAACACACUCGCCAACCCAAAGCGGCUGAGGAAUUCGUGCAUUCUGCGGCCCGCCCAAAUUCUUACACCAAAGUAGCCGGACCCUCGAGCCAACAUGCAGCAGCCAUCAAAAUCCAGACAGCUUUUAGAGGUUACCUGGCAAGAAGAAGCUUUCGAGCAAUCAAGGGCCUCAUAAGGCUUCAGAGCAUGCUGAAGAGCCCAAAUGUGCUCCGCCAAACUAUGAACACCAUGAAAUGUAUGCAACAGCUUGUCAGGGUCCAAACGGAGAUCAACGCGAGGAGGCUGCAGAUGCUUGAGAGCCCGAAGGUCUUCAACAGCCAAUCCCUUCAGAAGAACGAGACAGAGCUUGAGCUGUCCAGAAGCAAUCUCCAAGAAGACUGGGAUUAUAGCGUUUUGACAAAAGAGGAGACUGAUACAAGGGUGCAGCGGAAGGUAGAGGCCACCAUUCACAGAGAAAGAGCCCUGGCUUACGCAUAUUCUCACCAGGCAUCUAAAGGCAUGUCGAAGUCUGCUCAAGCAUUGAUCAUGGAACUCAGAUCAGCAAAGCUCCCGUGGGGUUGGAACUGGAUCGAGCAACAGGCCUCAAAUCAAACACCUGAUCGCCUGGCAACCAGUGGCAAUCCAAAACUUGCUUCAGUCAAUGUUAGGCCCACUUCAAGUGGUUCCAGGCGCACAUCGCUGGCCUUCGAACCAAGCUUAGAUGAGCCUACACCAAGAUAUUCAAGAUCUCCCCUAGGCAUUAGGAGUGCAAAAGGUCCAAAGCCAGCAUCUGUGGAUGGCUCACCUUGGCACAGACAUCACAGAGUUGUUGCAGCCACACCAUUGAGGGAUGAUGAGAGCAUGACAAGCUGCCCCCCACUUGCUAGUCCCAAUUACAUGGUGCCCACUAUUUCAGCCAAGGCCAAGAUCAGAUCCCAAGUCAGUCCAAGUGCCAAGUCUCAAGGUCUGGAGCCUACCAAGCGCAGACUGAGCUUCGCCUCGGCUAGGAGCCCAUUUAGCUCACUUAGUUGGGGCAAGGGUUCCAUCUUCACCAGCAAGGAGGCUAACUCUCGUGGGCCGCUUGGGUUAAACAUGGGCAUGCAUUCCCCAGGAAGACUAAGUAUCGACUCAACCAUGUCUUUGCCUGUGGGAGUUGGGAGGAAGUCCUUUAGAUGAUUGUGUGUCUCUGUUUUGAUUUAUUUUCUUUCAUUAAUUUUCUUUCAUUUUUUUUCUUCUAGCUGAUCUUAGAUGAACACAGGUGAAUGUUCUACGAUGUUCUUUGAUCAGGACCAGCUUAUAUGUUUUCCUUAACAUGUUCUGACCACCCAUCUGGGGCGUCCGAACUGUGUGUUGGGCCGAACAUAGAAGCUGGUGACUUUGAUCAAUGUUGAUACAACAAGAGUGGGUUCUGUGAAAUCACUAUGUUUGAAAAUAACUUGUGGUUUGUACCUAUUAUUAUUUUUUUACAAAAAACUCGGUGGAUUUGUGGUGCAUGUGCUGUUGUAACGACUGGUGGAUAAUGCAAAGCUGGACAGUUGAUUUAAAACUCUGA